GACCCGUCCGUACAUCCGAACACGCCAGCUUCAACGCGACUCCUCGACACAACACGCAUCAGCCGUUGCAUCACCACCCACUCACUUCUGACAGCCUGGCUUAGCUUGGGACGACAAUAAUUUGAACGAAAUGUACGGUGAUCUCGGAAAUAAGCUGGUGCAACAUGGCAAACGAACCCAAAACCUCGCACAUUUACCGGCGUACCAAGCUGAGAUAGUACGCGCUGUUACGCGCGAAGUAAGAGACCUGGAUAAAGAUGUGACAGAACUAUUGGAGCCUUUCCAGGGCUCCUUCGACCCGUCCGCAGACCAAGCAACAGCAUGUACAGUGCUGGUCAACUACCUCUCGAUGCGAAGAAACAAACGGUGCCUCCUCGCCUAUCACCGAACCCGGACCGACAAGUUGGAGGAGCUUGCAUGGAGGGGAGUGGAUGUGCUCGAUUUGUCCGGGCAACAGGUACGAAGCAAUGUAGGAUCGUCCACCGGAGGGCCCAACAGCAGCACCGACGGCCCAACAAGCAGCCUGAGUCCGCAAGAGGAGGAAUACGUGAGACAGUAUGGUGAUCUCCUGGCUGCCUACAAGGGCCAAUGGACAGACAUCGAUUUGACAGGCAGCUUGGAGCCGCCACGAGAUCUCUUCAUCGACGUGAGAGUCUUGAAGGAUGCGGGGGAGAUACAAACCGAGUACGGCGCCAUCAACCUGACCAAGAACAGCCAGUUCUACGUGCGGCAGGGAGACGUGGAACGACUCAUAGCACAGGGUUAUCUGCAAAAGCUCAGCUGAAGAGGUGGGGCCGACCCAGAAUGCUCUCGACAUCAUGGUCUGGAGAUAAGGACACUGAGAAGAAUGUGUCUUCAUUUCUCUCGCUCUUGGAGAUCGUCGUAGCGUAAAGGGUAUGGAUGGGGGGGCGUCUGAGCCAGCCUGAUGCACGGUCGAGACUCUCCAUGGUCAUCUACACCCACAUACCACGCAGUGCGUAGAUUGAGGGUUCUUUCUUGAUUUUGUGAUUGGUACCACCAGUGGCAGAGGAUCUUGAGACGGUACGUCAAGAUGACGCGAGAAGCUUGACGUCUGAGCAUUUUGCCGGCGUCUUGCGGGAUGUACGGGGCACAAGCAUGCAGUUUCAAGGGGUCGGGGAACGGGGAACGGGAUUCUCAGGAAGGAAGACCAAGCUGACGACGGAGUCGUCUCCUUGCAUCGGGCUCAAGUGACGGAGCCACCACAAACAAUAACAACGACAGCAUGGCUCGGAAGAGGAUGGGGCCAAGAUCUGCAGAGCGGAUGACCUCCGGGCGGCCGACUGAGAUACCAAUGGCUAUUACGGUAGGCAAAGUAUUAUGGCCCGCAAGAAAACAUGACAGGGCUGGAAGCAGGGUAGCGCGUGGCUCGACAGACCUGGAUUGAUGUGCUGACUGAGUCUGCAACGAGCCAGCUGCUCCUUUUUCUUUCCCUCCUUUUGUUUUUCUCGGCCGCCAUGAAGGGAGGGUUGGGGAGAGAUGUCUCGCAUGUGGCAGCAAACGUGCGACUUCUUGUCUUUAAGGGUGUUAUUGGUCGACAGCUUGGCUCGCAUGGCUCAGACAGGGAGUGGUUGCGCGGGGUAGACAUCGGAUGCCGCGAUAUCGGCGCCCGUCGAGCCGGAAGAAACCUGAUAGCGCCAUACGAUGAUUCAGAUUGCACUGAAACCGCGGACAGGUCCACGAUUUUGGGCAUUCUUUGGUCGGCGCCAUCACCCAGAAAGUUACAAUGGGCUGCUCAGUCGCACACGCACAUACAGCACAGGCAAGGCCUAGUGCGCUGCAUUGAUUAUGCGCUGCAUGACGCUCGCCGUUGGCCGGCUUGACUGACCCGAAUUGUUAGCCUCCUGAUCGUCAGCCCAGCCCAGCCCAGAGGAGAGCCGAAGCAGGAAACCGAGAUACACUUAGCUUCCCGAUUAUUGGUCCGUCUUGCUGCAGACAU